ACUUGAAACUGCACCUCCAGAGCACAGACUAUGGGAACUUCCUGGCCAAUGAAGCCUCCCCGCUCACCGUCUCCGUCAUAGACGACAAGCUGAAGGAGAAGAUGGUCGUGGAGUUUCGUCACAUGAGGAACCAUGCAUAUGAGCCACUAGCAAGUUUUCUGGACUUCAUCACGUACAGCUACAUGAUUGACAAUGUCAUUCUGCUGAUCACUGGGACCCUGCACCAGCGUUCGAUCUCCGAACUGGUGCCCAAGUGCCAUCCUCUAGGAAGUUUCGAGCAGAUGGAAGCUGUGAACAUUGCUCAGACGCCUGCGGAGCUCUACAAUGCAAUCCUGGUGGACACUCCCCUGGCUGCUUUCUUCCAAGACUGCAUAUCUGAACAGGACCUGGAUGAAAUGAACAUUGAAAUCAUUCGAAACACACUGUAUAAGGCUUACCUGGAGUCCUUCUACAAGUUCUGCAAGGUGCUGGGAGGUACCACGGCAGAUGCCAUGUGCCCGAUCCUGGAGUUUGAAGCUGACCGGAGGGCCUUCAUUAUCACCAUUAACUCAUUUGGUACUGAGCUGUCCAAGGAGGACCGAGCAAAGCUGUUCCCGCACUGUGGCAAGCUCUAUCCUGAGGGCCUGGCUCAGCUGGCCAGAGCAGAUGACUACGAACAAGUCAAAAAUGUUGCUGACUACUAUCCUGAGUACAAGCUGCUGUUUGAAGGGGCUGGCAGCAACCCUGGAGACAAGACCCUUGAAGACAGGUUCUUUGAGCAUGAGGUGAAGCUGAACAAGCUGGCCUUCCUCAACCAAUUCCACUUUGGAGUCUUCUAUGCCUUUGUGAAGCUGAAGGAACAGGAGUGCCGCAACAUUGUGUGGAUCGCAGAGUGCAUCGCCCAGCGGCACAGGACCAAGAUUGACAACUACAUUCCCAUCUUCUAACCCUGCUCUGCUCCUGCCCGACCCUCCCAUGCCUGGAGUCCAGAGGGACACCUGCCUAACUCCCCGAGUUAUCCCUUCCCCAGACUCCAGGGAUGUCCCAUCUGUGGAACUGGCUCAGAUGAGGAAACUGUGCAGUUGCUAGUUAAAUUAUUCACAAGCUGAAGUUUGAGUUGUGUGUGCCGUGAGGGGUCCGGAGGGACCAGUGGCACAGGCUUGGCCCUGUGUAGCAGGAGGGACACCUCCUAUUGU